GUGACCUUUAGCGUAAGGGGUGGGGCCUGACCGCCCUGCCUGAUCCCGACUUCCCUGUACCGCGACCCCCACGCACAUGGCGCGGCACGUGUUCCUCACCGGGCCUCCAGGGGUUGGCAAAACAACCUUGAUCCAGAAAGCCAUUGGGGUCCUGCAGUCCUCCGGGUUGCCCGUGGAUGGAUUUUACACGCAAGAAGUCAGGCAGGAAGGGAAGAGGAUAGGAUUCGACGUCAUCACCCUGUCUGGUGCCCAGGGACCUCUGUCCAGAGUGGGGUCACAGAUUCUACCUGGAAAGCCUGAGUGUCGAGUGGGGCAGUAUGUGGUGGACCUGGAUUCCUUUGAGCAGUUGGCACUACCUGUCCUAAAAAACUCAGGUCCUAGCUGUGGCGCCAGACACAGAGUGUGUGUCAUCGAUGAGAUUGGGAAAAUGGAGCUGUUCAGUCAGCCCUUCAUCCAAGCGGUCCGUGAGAUGCUGUCCACGCCAGGCACUAUCGUCGUCGGCACUAUCCCAGUCCCCAAAGGGAAGCCGCUGGCCCUGGUGGAAGAGAUCAGGAAAAGGCGUGAUGUGAAGCUGUUCAGUGUCACCAGGGAGAACAGAAAUAGCCUCCUGCCAGAUAUUGUGGCCGUCGUCCAGAGCAGCAGGAUCUAGGGCAGCAGCUGUUGGGGUCCAGCUACGCCUCUGCUCACGGUGGGCCCUGAACAGCGCCCAGUCCACUGUGUCCUACGUAUGCUCCAGACUUCUGUUUCCCCUUACAGUUGUGCAUGUGAUUUCAGUAAAUUCUAAAACGAGUCUGCCAAAUGUUAGGUGGAAUUCGCUCCCAUCGGGGUUUAUAAUAUGUUUGGGGCUGAGGAAAGACGGGAGUUCACGUCUUCCUUGACUUUGAGCGCUGUAGAUAUUAAACACCUCUCCAGGUGCAGCUCCAGACUGGUGCAGCUGAAAGCAGUAACAACUGAUCUCUUCAGUUAUUUCCAAAGGAUAAAAAAAAAAAAAAAUCAGUUCUCCUCGCCCUCUCUUGUUUAUUCCUCUGUUUAUUGACUAAUAAAAAUGGAAAUAAA